GGAAUGACUUAGCUUUCAUUACUAUAUUUAUGAUAAUCGUCAUGCAAUUAAGAUACAUAAGAUGGAGAAGAACUGCAAGUUUAAUAUACUGAAAUGGGCGAUAGUUGCAAUCAUAUGCGGAUUGAUUAUACUAGAUGCUAGGGCAUAUUUGCUGGCUACAUUCUUUAAUACGAAUUCUAGGAUAGCAAUCAUACCGCUUCCUAAAUCAAGUUACAUCAAUUCCACGACCCAAAGACUGGAGGUGAAUUACACUAUUCGAUAUAGAAAGGCUGAACAUUUAAACCAUUCAUCUCUUUAUCUCUACUCGGAUGGGGGAGAGUGUCAAGGACUUUCCUGUAAAUGGUCUACAAUGCCUGGUGCCACUAGAGAACUUGUCAAGUGGGCUCCUGAGAUAUUUGAGAAAGUUCCCCUGCACUUCCUUGGAAACUUCAAAAAUCCAUGCUGGUUACGGAACAAGACGGAACUAAACUGUCUUCCCUACUUCUACGUGAUAGGGACAAGUAAGUGCGGUACGACAGAUAUCUGGGCGAAGAUCUUGUCACAUCCUGAUGUUAUUGAUGUCCCAAAAGAACCACAUUGGUGGGGACCCCGUCGCCUUGGUUUCACUGGAACACCAUGUCAUGGGAAAGAGGUAUUGGCCAUACGAAAGCUCACAGGAGGAGAGGAUGACAGCUCUUUUGAAUGGUAUCUUAAUCUAUACAAAUCUUCAGGAGUUCCGGAAAUAAUAAGCAAUAAUGUCACAGCAGCAAAGAGAAUUACUUACUAUCAUAAAGUUUUUGGUGAUGCCUCGAUAUCUACUAGCUACACCAUUGGGUUGGAUUGGACUAAGAUUUUCCCAAACGCUUCGGAGCCGCUGUAUACCAAUGCACAACUUCUCCGAGCAGUGCAACCUAAUGCAAAAAUCAUCCUUAUGGUUAGAGAUCCAACAGACGAUGAUAUUGUACCCCCUUUCAAUGUUUGA